UAGACAUAUUUUUUUUUAUAAAUUAGUAAACAAAAAGCAUUACGCUAAACUAAAUUAAUAUUAUUUACUUAAUUAUUAAAUAAAAGAAAGACGACAUGGAAAGUUUGGCAGAAUUUGUACAAUUUAUGCAACCAACACAAAGAUUGGAUUUAAAGGCGGUGGCACUAACUCAUGUCUUGGGUCUUACUGGUUCACCAGAAGGAAAAGCAGCUAUAUUAUCAUUGGAUGAUAUGUUAAUAGCUUUAUUUAACUUAACCACCGAUGCUACUUUGGCCAUUUCAAAAGAUUCUGUUUUGUGUUUGAUUAAUCUAACAGCCGAUGAGGAUGGCGCUAUCAAAAUUUUCCAAACUGCUAAACAAGUGCAUCCGAAAUUUGAAAUAGUGUCUGCUGCUGUUAAACAUAUUACAGACGAAAACUCUGAAUUGGCUGAUCCUUGGACUAUGGUUUUGAGUAAUCUCACACGUGUGGAGUCUUUGGCUCAUGAAAUUCUAGAUGAAUUGGAAAAAGAUCCAAAAACUUUAUUGAAUUUAGCUAAAGCUUUUGCCAAACUAGACUACAAUAAAAAGAAGGCUAAACUGCACUAUUUGGCACCCAUCUUCUGCAACUUGACACAAACAACUAGAGGUCGUGAAUUGUUUUGCCACAACAAAUACAAUCUACUGGACAAGAUUUUACCUUUCGCUUCUUAUGAGGAAUCUAUAGUAAGACGAGGCGGCACAAUUGGCAUUCUUAAGAAUAUUUGCUUUGAUCCCGUGUACCACGAUAUUAUUUUAAGGGAAACCGAUGACAUUCUUUAUGCCAUUUUAUAUCCACUAUGUGGUCCCGAAGAGUUUUCAGAUGAGGAAAAUGAAAUGUUGCCACUGGAGUUGCAAUACUUACCAGAAACCAAGACGCGUGAAGAAGAUCCUGAUUUGCGCAAAAUGCUUUUAGAAUCUUUGCUACAAUUAUGUUCAACAAAAAAAUCUCGUGAACAACUAAGACAAAAGGGUGUCUAUGAAAUUCUACGUGAACUGCAUAAAUGGGAGGCUAAAGAAGGCAAAGACAAGGAAUGUCUAUUGGCUUGCGAAAAUGUUGUUGACAUUUUAAUAAAGAGAGAAGACGAAAUUGGUUUGGACAACUACAAACAGGUGUCUGUACCCGAAGAUGUUGCCGAAAAGUUCGUUAAAGAAGAUCAGGAAUAUUUGAAGGAUUUGCUGUAGAUAUUUGUAAUAAAACCACCAACGUUCCAAGAUUUCUGGAUGUUUUUUUUAUAAUAGAUUUCUUUGUAGUGAUAAUUUAUUUUGUAAUGCAUUUUGUUUAUUAAUUUUUGAUUUUAUUUCUUUUUUAAUAUUUCUUUUAUAAGCAAAUGCUUUUAAAU